GAUAGGUCAGAGUGACAAAGCCCCGUGAUGUGUCAGUCCGGUGUGGCUACUGUCUUUCACCUGGUUGCUGCAGCACGUGGAUGGAUGCGCAAUUGCGCGGCUCUGAUUGGCCAGGAACGCGGCGCCCAGCGGGAGCACCGGAGUCCCUACUUGUCAUUACUGUUGCUCCGAUUCACAAGCCCGUGAACACCGCUGGGCUCAGCGCGUCCAUCUCUGCUCGGACUUAAUCAGAUUCAUUUUACAACAUUUAAAGCAACGGCUCGCACUAUGGAUGCUACUAUUUAUCAGAUCAUAAUUGGGGAGCUCGGGGACCUAAAUUGUAGUUUGAUAAACGCGCUCCAAGACACUUUUUUUGAAAACGCCUCAUUGUCAUUGCUAAGCUCUGAUGGUUUAUAUUGCAAUGCCACAACCGAUGAGAUUGGAACCUGCUGGCCGCAGAGCAGCACCGGCAGGAUUGUAGAGAGACCCUGCCCCGAGUACAUCAACGGGGUGAAGUACAACACAACCAGGAGCGCUUACAGGGAAUGCAUGGAUAAUGGCACCUGGGCGUUGAAGAGCAAUUACUCCAAUUGUGAACCUAUUUUGGAGGAGAAGAGAAAAUAUCCAAUGCAUUAUAAAAUUGCGCUGAUCAUCAACUACCUAGGUCAUUGUAUCUCUGUGGGAGCUCUAGUCGUGGCCUUCAUUCUCUUCUUGUGCUUAAGGAGCAUACGAUGUCUUCGAAACAUCAUCCACUGGAACUUGAUCACCACGUUCAUACUGAGGAACGUUAUGUGGUUUUUGCUUCAGCUGAUCGACCACAAUAUCCAUGAGAGCAAUGAGCCUUGGUGUCGAUUUAUUACAACAAUAUACAACUACUUUGUGGUGACAAACUUCUUCUGGAUGUUUGUUGAAGGAUGUUACCUUCACACAGCCAUCGUGAUGACUUAUUCAACUGAUAAGCUCAGGAAGUGGGUCUUCCUUUUCAUCGGCUGGUGUAUUCCAUGCCCUAUAAUAAUAGCUUGGGCCAUAGGAAAGUUAUAUUAUGAAAAUGAACAAUGUUGGUUUGGUAAAGAACCUGGAAAAUAUAUGGACUACAUUUACCAGGGACCAGUUAUUCUUGUGCUUCUGAUAAACUUUGUUUUCCUCUUCAACAUUGUAAGAAUUCUCAUGACCAAACUAAGAGCUUCAACCACGUCUGAAACAAUACAGUACAGGAAAGCAGUGAAAGCAACACUGGUCCUGUUACCUCUGCUGGGCAUCACUUACAUGCUCUUCUUUGUGAAUCCGGGGGAGGACGACAUCUCACAAAUAGUUUUCAUCUAUUUCAACUCCUUUUUGCAGUCUUUUCAGGGGUUCUUUGUGUCAGUGUUUUACUGCUUCCUAAAUGGAGAGGUACGUUCUGCAGUAAGGAAAAGGUGGCACCGCUGGCAGGACAACCACGCCCUUCGAGUGAGAGUGGCACGAGCCAUGUCCAUCCCCACGUCUCCAACCCGGAUCAGCUUCCACAGCAUCAAACAGACCACAGCUAUGUGACCAGCGAGUUAUCUCCACGACAACAUGAAGGGAAUAGACUAAAUAUUUUUCUCCAGUGCAAACAAGGAAGUGAUGUACGGAGCAGACUGAUUCCUCUAACAAGGCCGCAAUGUCUUCAGUGUUCACUGAAGAGCCAGGCAGUUUCUCUUAUCUGGUGGAAAAUAUUUAUUGCGUCCCAACGUUUGACACAUGAAGUAAAAUGGACACACAAGAUUCUUGGAAGAGUUAUCUCCCGUAACAUAUUGUACAUGAGGUACGGGGUUUGUAUUUAAAAAAAGUUAAAGAUGGCGUCGCCAACUAUCACAUCACAAGUUUUAUCUUACAGCGUUCUUAUCGCUGUCAUCUUACUGCUUAGUGGUCGUCAGUGCAGCAAGAUAAUCCUACAGGAUUUGCAGCAGGAAACUUCAACAGCUCACGCACUUAUAGACAUCUGCUGCCAUUGUUGCUCUGUGGUAGGGCGACGUGGCAUACUUAAUUAGAUAUAUUGAUCGAGAUGCACUCAAAAAUGUUGCUUGAUUUGAAUUUGGUGCGAUGAAUAGCAAAACGACAAAAUGCUCUUUGAGUUAAUCGCUCCUUGGCAUCAACAGCUGCCGUUGACAGCUAGGAAAGAGGCAUCGGGGAAGAAAAGGGAUCACCUGAAUUGAAUAUCGAAAACUUUAUUGUAUAAAAAGGCAAACCAUUCAC